AAUCACGAGAUGAGGUCCUUUGUUUAUCAAAGCAGCCAGAACAGCAAAGAAACUUUACAUAAGUUAUGACAUAGAGCUUUUGGAAUAGUUUUUGACACACAAGACCAGCAAAGCAAGGUUUCUAAUCGUGCAGCAGCCAUGAAGUCUUUGAAUUAUCUUGUUAUUGCACUUGCUGUACACAUCUGUGGAACAGUAGGUGAUGAAAAGCCUAAUAUUGUAUUCAUACUAGCUGACGAUUUGGGCUUCAAUGACGUCAGCUUUCAUGGCUCGCCUCAAAUACCAACACCUGUCAUUGACGACUUGGCUAAUAAUGGUGUAAUACUCAAUAACUACUACGUACAGCACAUAUGCACGCCGACACGUAGUGCUAUAAUGACUGGCAAAUACCCAAUACAUACUGGCAUGCAGCAUAGUGUAAUMUUGGCAUCUCAGCCUUAUGGACUGGGCCUAGAUGAGACUCUUUUACCUCAAUACUUGAAGAAAUUGGGCUAUGUUACUCAUGGAGUUGGCAAGUGGCAUCUUGGGUUCUUCAAUCAAGAAUACACUCCAGUUCACAGAGGUUUUGACAGUUUCUAUGGUUACUGGUGUGGUAAGAAGGAUUAUUGGGAUCACUCAAACCAAGAAUUUGGAGGCUGGGGCCUAGAUUUGCAUGACAAUGAUGAUACUGUCUGGAUAGAAUGGGGAAACUACAGUACUUACCUAUUCACCGAUAAAGCUGUCGACAUCAUCAAUAAACAUAACACUACCGAUCCCUUGUUCCUAUACCUCCCCUACCAAGCAGUCCACAGCGCCAAUACUAUACAGCCUCUUCAAGCACCAGACAAAGUUGUUGAAAAAUUCGGAUCAAUUGAGAACUGGCACAGAAGAAUUUUUGCUGGGAUGGUGUCUGCACUAGACACCUCAAUAAAAAGGGUAAUAAAUAAUAAUAAUAAUAAUAUAAUAAUAAAUAAUAAAUAAUUGAUUAAAUAAUCUUAUAUCAAUUCAUCCAUUGUUUCAUUUUUUUAUCUCAUUUCUUUAUUCAUCUAUCUUUCCAUCUGGGGAGUAAGAGGAGCAGGAUUCGUUCACAGUCCUCUAAUCAAGAAAUCAGGCCGUGUGAGCACCAAGCUACUACAUGUAACUGACUGGCUUCCUACAUUGUAUGUCCGUGCCGGUGGCGACAUUCAUGACUUGCAAGAUGUUGAUGGUSUUGAUGUUUGGGAUGCKAUUGCWAAYGAUGGCAUGUCRCCCAGGGUGGAAAUAUURCAUAAUAUAGACCCUAUUAGUGGUGCGGCGGCAUAUCGGUUUGAAAACUGGAAGCUGAUAGUUAACCAAACUCAAGCAUGGAGCGGCUGGUACCCUCCUCCAGGCUACGAACAGCUACAUAAGCAAGAACCACCACAAACGUUAAAGAACGCUGUGGUAACGUGCGCUAAACCACCGUCUGUAGGAACACAGUGUACYAAGGAAAAAGGCCCUUGUCUGUUUGACUUAUCCACCGACCCGUGUGAAUAUGUAAAUCUGGCUGCGAAUGAGACGAAGAUAGUAAGCAAUAUGUUGUCAUGGCUGGAGRAGUACAARAAAGGAAUGGUACCCCCUAGGAACACKCCUUUUGAUCAUAAUGCUAGUCCYAGGAAACACGGUGGUGUCUGGGUGCCAUGGAAAUAGAA